AUGAACAGUCGUCUGCAGGAAAUCCGUGAGCGACAAAAACUCAGGCGGCAGCUGUUAGCUCAACAGUUGGGAGCUGAGAGUGCAGACAGCAUUGGGGCUGUGCUUAACAGUAAAGAAGAACUUAAAGAAAUAGAAGAGACAAGAGAAACAUGCAGGGCCUCUUUGGAUGAUUCCGCACCUCCUUCCAAGAAAAAGGCUCCGACAGAAGGCGAUGACACUGAGGAAGAUGCGGAGGAACAAAAAGAUGAGGUGGAGGUGCCACUGCCUGAAGAAAGCAACCCAUACGAGGAAGUCUACAAGGACUCAAGUACUUUUCUUAAGGGUACACAGAGUUUGAACCCUCACAAUGAUUACUGUCAGCACUUUGUCGACACGGGACACAGGCCACAGAACUUCAUUCGAGAUGUUGGAUUGGCUGAUCGGUUUGAGGAGUACCCCAAACUACGAGAACUGAUCCGACUGAAAGACGAACUUAUCUCCACGACCAACACCCCUCCCAUGUACCUGCAGGCGGAUCCUGAACACUUUGACCUGCAGGAUUUAAAAAGCGAAUUUGAUGUCAUCCUACUUGAACCCCCUUUAGAGGAAUAUUACAGAGAAUCAGGCAUCAGCCACACAGAGCGCUUCUGGACCUGGGAUGAUAUCAUGAAGCUGGAGAUUGAAGAGAUCUCCUCCCACCGGUCUUUCGUCUUUCUCUGGUGCGGCUCGGGGGAAGGCCUGGACUUGGGAAGGAUGUGUUUGCGGAAAUGGGGCUUCAGGCGCAGUGAAGACAUCUGCUGGAUUAAGACCAACAAGAAUAACCCAGGCAAGACAAAGGCAUUGGACCCAAAGGCAGUUUUUCAGAGGACCAAGGAACACUGUCUAAUGGGAAUCAAAGGAACGGUGCGGAGAAGUAGAGAUGGCGAUUUCAUCCAUGCCAACGUGGACAUUGACUUGAUUAUCACGGAGGAGCCCGAGAUGGGAAAUGUUGAGAAGCCUGUCGAGAUCUUUCACAUCAUCGAGCACUUCUGUUUAGGCCGCAGGAGGCUACACCUUUUUGGACGAGACUCUACAAUCAGACCGGGAUGGCUGACAGUUGGUCCCACACUCACCAACAGUAACUUCAACCCAGAGACCUACGCAGCUCAUUUCGCUCUGCCCGAUUCUUACCUCUCCGGUUGCACUGAAGAAAUAGAGCGACUGCGGCCCAAAUCGCCGCCUUCAAAGAUGAAGUCCGACCGUGGUGGCGGAGCACCAAGAGGGGGGCGUAGUGGUCCGAAUGUGGGGAGAGGUGGAGAGCGAGGUCGGGAAAGAAAUAGGCCAAACUUCCGCGGGGACAGAGGCGGCUUCCGGGGUCGGGGAGGACCACACAGGGGUUUUCCCCCACGCUAG